AGUUAUUGCCUCGGUGGCGUCAAAUAGUUUUCCACCGAUAUUCUCAUCCCAACAAACAAAUGAUUUCAGGUAGCUAGGAAAUUCGUUUAAAUGUGUUUUACAUUUUCAGUUUGAACUUUAAUGAGUUAUUUAAAUAACGCAUGUCUCAGACAAACUCUUGAGUCUUUUAGAGUGUUUGUUAUCCUAGCUUGUAAAGCUAGCUAACAUUACACUAGCCAUUGUCUUGGGUUGGAAAGUGACGGCAGCUCAAUAGCCCACCAUGUCUGAACCGGGUUCUGGCUGUGGCGUUCCAGUCCAGAGAAGCUCACAGCCUGGUCCAGAGACGGUGUCAGUGAAGCUGGAGGACUGCGGUCAAACACUGGAACUCAAUGAGAGAGCUCCAACUCAGGCUCACUCAGCGAGCCCAGUACCACAGUAUCAGGAAACCAGCAACAACACGAGGGAGGAACUCAAGGCAGAAACCUCACCACUGCUUGGACUGCUUCACUCGUUUCUGUGAUCCAGAGGAGUUGAGACACACUUGUAAAGACCGCAGCCACGGUGUAACAUGUCCUCCCAAACGGAAGAUGACUUCCAGCUCCUUCUCACCAAUCCUCCCACCAGUCCUCCCACCAGUCCUCCCAAACGGAAGAAGACUUCCAGCUCCUUCUCACCAGUCCUCCCAAACGGAAGACGACUUCCAGCUCCUUCUCACCAGUCCUCCCAAAUGGAAGAAGACUUCCAGCUCCUUCUCACCAAUCCUCCCAAACGGAAGAAUACUUCCAGCUCCUUCUCACCAGUCCUCCCAAACGGAAGAAGACUUCCAGCUCCUUCUCACCAGUCCUCCCAAACGGAAGAAGACUUCCAGCUCCUUCUCACCAGUCCUCCCAAACGGAAGAAGACUUCCAGCUCCUUCUCACCAGUCCUCCCAAACGGAAGAAGACUUCCAGCUCCUUCUCACCAGUCCUCCCAAACGGAAGAAGACUUCCAGCUCCUUCUCACCAGUCCUCCCACCAGUCCUCCCAAACGGAAGAAGACUUCCAGCUCCUUCUCACCAAUCCUCUCACCAAUCCUCUCACCAAUCCUCUCACCAAUCCUCUCACCAGUCCUCCCACAAUUUUCUUUCAUCAUCGUGUCAGCUAAUGGGGAUCCUAGUAAACAUAAAGAUAUAUCUGAUGUUUAAGUUCGUCUUUGAGGCGAUGUGCGAGGAGGGAGACUCCAGACUCCAGAGGCAUUACGACGCUCACGGCUUCUUUAAGCACCCAAGAGGCUAUGUACAAAACAAACUGUUUGACUGUAUGCACGAGGUGUACAAAGAGGCGAUUACCAAGGAGGUGUGGGCGGCUAGCUUCGUAGCGGUGCAGGUGGACGGCAUGCCGUGGACAGGGGAGGUCUCCUCCGGGGUGAUAUUGCCCCUAGCUACAGAUCUAGGAUCAGCUUCCCCAAUCCCAACUGUGACCAUUAGUGUGGCCCAAGAUCAGCUUCUUGGGCUAACAAUCUACUCCAGUAUGCCACAGCAGGUUUCUGUCGUGCUACGGUACACGCUUCCAGACAAUACUGUCACGGAGAGGUUUUGGGAGUUUGUGGACCUAAAGGAUAAAAUGGCUGCCGGUCUCACCAAGGCAGUCAAGGACUCGCUGGAGCCACUGAAUCUGGAGCACAAGCUGAUUGGUCAGACGUACGACGGGGCUGACGUACCCGACCUGGAAACUCACCUGAAACUCACCUAUCCCAGCGCUGCACGCAUCACACUCCCGCUACGCAUCACACUCCAGCAGAUCUGCUCGUGUGUGGAGGAUAUUAGGACACAGCCGAUGUGGGACCAGGACUCUAUCAGAGAGGCUUACGGCCUGUCAGCCAAACUCAGGGACCCCACGUUCCUACAACUACUGCAAUGUUUCUAUUGGGUCAUGCAGGAGGUGGAUGUUCUCACUGUCAACAUACACAGGAGGGAUGUUGUCGUGGCGGACAUCGAACAGGCAGUUGAUAGUUUUCGAGAAGUACGUUCAAGCCCAACAGGGGAGAGCUGA